CGCCCAGGCUGAGGUGAGCUGCAAACUUGCACACGGAUGGAGACGGAAGGGACAGAGGUGAAAAUGCCUGCUGUAACCAUCCGGAUGACUUGAAGAUCAACAAUGGCGGAGGCGCUCGCUCCCGUGUACGUGCACCCCACAGCCCGGUGUGUUUGGAUGCAGGUCGCUGGACUGACAGCUCCGAGCUCGGGAGCGGAAUAGUAGAGUCUCCGCCUUAUUUGGAGGAUAAAGCCCGUUUGGAUACGAUGAAACGCUUCGGAAUAACACCCACUGAACGGCAGGGACAAACGCCGUUUUAAUUUAAUCUGGCUUUUAAUUGGAGCUUCGGAUUCUAAUGAAGACGCUCCUGCGACUGUGGAUGUUGCUGCUUUCAGUGUCCAGGUUAGGUUUCAUUGAACGUCAGGGUGAGAUAAAGAAGUCAGAGGCGGAAGACGGAUUACACGUAUUAGAUGAUUAUUGUUAUUAUUAUUUUGAAAAUAACAUGGCUACAGCGGACUCGGAUCUCAUGCCAUCUUCAUGCAAAUCUUCGCUGACAUUUCCCACCUACUGAGCAGUGUGACAGGCUCCAUCUCUACUAAAGAAGACAUUUAAACCCCUCCAUCCUGUAAGCAACACGAUAAUGAUAAAUGCUCGUAUUUAUCUGUCUCCAGCAAACAGGAAUUUGUGUUGCAGCAGACCUAAUGUUUCUCCGCAGCAGCAGAGGCGGUUGAAGCAGGCCGCUGCGCACGCACGCAGGCGGGUUUGUUGCGCUCAGACUGCGCUGGAUGCUGAACAUGGUGCCAUUUCACUGCCCCGCAGCCGUCACUGAGUACCUGCUGCCACUCAGCCGUCGGCACGUCACCCUCAUCCCCCCUCAGCUGUGUUAAAAUGGACAAGGCCCUUUUAUCGAAAUUCUUUAAGGGACGCUUAACCGGCUAACGAGUGGCCAUGCGUGGAUAGGAUUUACCCCCGCACCGGCUCGUGGAGAUGUAGGGCGAAUAUAUCGGCGGAUAUUUCCACGCACGACGAAGAGGAGAAAGCGGCCCAGAAAGCGGGGGAGGUGCAUCGGCUGGAUGAGAAAAAAUGUGAGCCCCCUGCACAGAGGAUUUCACUCGGCUCAUACACAGGCUGCGGCUGUUAUUGGCAGCCUAAUAAUUCGUUUUCCGUACUGAAAUUAAUCUGACAGUCAGCUGUGGCUUCAUUGUCGCCCCAACGACUGUUAAAGCCGCCUCGGAGCUCUCAGGGUUAAUUUUUAAUUGGUUAUAAUUAACAAAACAAAAGGGAUGAACCAAAAGUUAUAAUUAGGCUCAGAUUUUUAUUUAUUACCUUUCCUAAAUCGUAGAAAGGAAUUCUUGUGAGGUAUGCACAUAAAUUCAGUAACUAUUUGCCUCCUCUAAUGCAAAAUCAAACAGAAGGCAAUCAUUGUUUUAGAAUAGCUUAGAAUACCUGCUGUUUUCCAGUCCACUGAGAAUUUGUGUCAGCUCUCAAAAAACUCCUCAGUUCAUAUAAACAAGCUGUUUUCUAGGAAUUGCUGUCAUGGAUCUGCCCUGCUGACUGUCAUUGUUUGACCUGAUGUACAUUGCUCCUGGGUGAACCUACCUUUUGGAAAUACACGUUACCUGCACUUUGUGUUGCAAGUCAACAAUUUGUCACAAAUUCACAAGCGAGAUGAGGGAGAGCCCCUGAUCCGGACUCCCUCACGUUGGUCGAGACCACCUCGUCUCAGCCCAUGGGCCUCGUGUGGAUUUCGUGCCUGAGUUGACACAGGGCUUGCCCACAGAGUCAAACAGCAGUUAAGCUGCCAUGAAUCCAUACGGAAGAGCGAGUAGCACAGCAACCCCCCUGUCCUGCAACAGCUGCGGGGGCUGCUGCUCACCGCCUCCCCCUUGCCUCAUCCCGCCUGGCCCCCUGCCCUCUUCUACUACUACUACCUCCUCCAUGCCCCCAAGCAUGACCCCUCCAUCGUCAAUGUCCCCUGCCCCGUUCCUGCAAGUGGAGAAUGGAACCAGCUGGAACUCCUCUGCGGUCUCAUCUUCAGACUCCCCAGAUUCCCAUCCUGAUUGCCGAUGUGGAGCUAAAAACCCCAACCCUUACUGGACGGCAGUGUUUGAUUACGAGGCCACAGCAGAUGAGGAAUUAACCCUGCGACGUGGGGACCUGCUUGAGGUUCUCUCCAAAGACUCCAAAGUGUCUGGGGAUGAGGGUUGGUGGACAGGAAAAAUACAGGACAAAGUGGGUAUCUUUCCAAGUAACUAUGUCACAAGAGGAGAUGCUGCUAGUUACCAGCAGCUAAAGGUUGGGGGACUGGUGGCAGUUAGGGUAAGCGAGUCCCCCUUGGAGAUUGACUUCUCAGAACUGACCCUGGAGGAGGUGAUAGGAGCUGGUGGGUUUGGGAAGGUGUACAAAGGAGUUUGGCGUGGAGAGGAGGUAGCUGUAAAGGCUGCUAGGCAGGAUCCAGAUGAGGAUAUAAGUGUCACAGCAGAGAGCGUGCGGCAGGAGGCCAGGUUGUUUUGGAUGCUCCGUCACCCAAACAUUAUUGCUCUCCGUGGGGUGUGCCUGAAGGAGCCAAACCUUUGCUUGGUGAUGGAGUAUGCCAGAGAAGGAGCUUUGAACCGUGCUUUGGCUGGAAAGAAGGUUCCCCCAAGAGUUUUGGUGAACUGGGCUGUGCAGAUUGCAACAGGCAUGGAUUACCUGCACAACCAGGCGUUUGUACCAAUCAUCCACAGAGACCUCAAGUCCAGCAAUAUCCUCAUCCUGCAGCCGGUGGAACAGGACGACCUGAGUGGGAAAACCCUGAAGAUUACGGACUUUGGUCUGGCCAGAGAGUGGCACCAGACCACCAAGAUGAGCGCGGCGGGGACCUACGCCUGGAUGGCCCCGGAGGUCAUCAAGCACUCUCUGUUCUCCAAAAGCAGCGACGUGUGGAGUUUUGGAGUGCUGCUCUGGGAGCUGUUGACUGGAGAGGUUCCCUACCGGGAGAUAGAUGCCCUGGCGGUAGCUUACGGUGUCGCCAUGAACAAGCUGACCCUUCCCAUCCCUUCAACCUGCCCUGAAACUUUUGUUCAGCUGCUGAAAGAGUGCUGGAGCUCCAACCCCCGCAGCAGGCCUUCGUUCACCAGCAUCCUCAGGCGGCUGCAGGCCAUCGAGCAGUCCUCCAUGUUUCAGAUGCCUCUGGAGUCGUUCCACUCCUUACAGGAAGACUGGAGGCUGGAGAUCCAGCAGAUGUUUGAUGAGCUCAGGGCCAAGGAGAAGGAGCUGAGGUCCUGGGAGGAGGCAUUAGCCCGGGCAGCUGAGGAGCAGAAGCUGCAGGAGGAGCAGCUAAAGAGGAGGGAGCAGGAGCUGGCUGAGAGGGAGUUUGACAUUGUGGAGAGGGAGCUGAACAUCAUCAUCCACCAGAUGUACCAGGAGAAGCCCAGUGUCAAGAAGAGGAAGGGCCACUUCAAGAAGAGCCGGGUGCUUAAGCUGGGCAGGGACAGCAACUGCAUCAGUCUGCCCUCUGGUUUCGAGCACAAGAUCACGGUGCAGGCGUCCCCCAGCGUUGACAAGAGGAAGAACCAGGGGAGCGAGAGCACCGCCCUGCCUGCCAGUCCGAGGGGUUUAUUCUGCCUGCGAGCCAUCAGACUGACCCCAAGCGAUGGCAGUAAAACGUGGAGCCGCAGCGCUGUGUCUAGGAAGGAAGACCUGACAGGCAAUAAGAAGAAAGGGCGCACCUGGGGACCGAGCUCCACCCUAUAUCGGGAGCGUGUGGGUGGAGAAGAGAAGCUGAAAUCUCUCGGUAAAGGCAAAGUUUAUUCCAGCGCGCCAGAGAUGGAGGAGUGUUCCGACUUCGAGGAAUCACCGGGGUUCUUACUGUCCUCAGAGACCAGCAGCAACGGGGCCAUGGAGGACUCGGGGCCCCUGUGGGGCAGCUUGGGGCCAAACGCGGUGCCCCCUGUCUGCAGUGCGAGCCCCUGUCCGGCGUCUGGAGGCCUGUGGAUAGGCGUGAGUAACCAGGACUCAGUUCGCCGCUGCAACCAGAGGAAGAAAAGCGACAUGUUGCUGUUGGGUUGUGCCUCUCUGCUCGCUUCUGUUGGUCUGGGACAGGACCUGCUGCAGCUGGGAAAACAGCAGAUGCUUCAGGAUGAGCAGGACCUCCGUGAGGAGCAUCGGAAGAAGAAGGAUGGUCUCUUCCAGCGGACGGGCCGUUUCCGUCGCAGCACCUCUCCCACCAGCAGAAACCUCUCCCUGACGCUCUCCAGACAUCAUGACUCUGGGCUCGCCUGCCUGGACCCGUCUCCCUCCGUCACACUCCUCUCUCUGUCCUCUCUGUCUGACUGCAACUCCACCAAGUCCCUCCUUCCCUCGGACUCGGACGAUUACCCUCUGACCCCGUCGGCCAGCAUCAAAACGCCGUCUGGGGCUCCGCCUGCUCCGGCUCCCGCCCUCAAUCCACUCCUGGACCUGCGGGCGGAGAGCUUCAAGAAAGAGCCCAACCAGUCGCUCACGCCCACCCACGUGUCUGCAGCAAUGGCUCUGAACAGAGGACACAGGCGGACCCCCUCGGACAGCGCGAUCCGACCCCGAGCGCAGACUCUGGGACACCGCAGGACCCCGUCCGAUGGGAGCAUGCCAAUGCCGCCUCCACCUGUCAUCAUGACACGUAAAGGAACACCAGACACGCUGGACAUCCCUCGUCUCCCGGACCCCGCUGUGGUCUACCCCGUCACCCAUCGGCGUAAAGCCCCCGCUCCCCCAGUCCCCGACGCGGCUCCUCCAUUCCUAAUUAGCCCCCUAGAGAGACCCAAGACCCUGGAGUUUGCUCCUCGCCCACGGCCCACUCCGGCCCGGAUAAAACCGGACCACAGGAAGCUGGGCUCUGUCUGCCGGACCCUGAGCUCAUCACCGGGCAGCAGCUGCGAGAGCCCCCUCGGUUCGGGAGACAGCAGCGCCAGCGCCACACGGCCCAACCUGAUGGACAUGGACAUGGAGGGCCAAAGUUUGGACCAAACGAUUCCUCUUUGCGGACAGUCACAGACGGCCGCUGUGUGUGAACAACAGUACUUGUAAUGAAACGUUUUAAAGGUUCAAGUCAGAGAUCCGGGGAUCAAUAUGGAACCAGCCUCCUGUCUGAGCUGAGCAAAGUGCACUCAGUAAAUCCCACUUCUAAUGAUGUUGCACUUAGUGAAAGUCGCUCCUCUCAUGUGAUCUUAAAAGGUGUGAAACCUUUUAAGAUCACAUGACCUUCCAGCAAUUUUUGGUCUCUAAUCUGCAUGACACCGAGGGUCCAAUAGGCCUCUGAAAGCCUUGUAGUGUGGUCAUCCAGGUAAACCUCUUCAUCUCCUCAGAGGCCAUCUCCACCUGCUGCUUUAGGCUGGGUGACUGAUUCUCUCUAAAGCCAUUAAAGCAUCUAAAAAAGCCACUUUUUAAAGGUAUCAACUGUCAUCUCAGCCCAUCUUCUCGUGCUGUUUUCUGUCUGCGUAGUUCAACACAUUUCUUCUCUCAUCUUUCCUGUCUGCCACGUAAAACAAGACCAGAAAUCAUUGUCUCCUGUUUGUUCUUGUAGUUUGGAGCGGGUCUGUUUCUGAGCAGAGAGGGUCUCCUUGUUUCAUUGCGCAUGUUUGUUCUGCUGGUGCACAGACAUCUUCUGCAUGGUGGUCUUCAUCCUCAUAUCUCGAAACCUAAUAGGACAGAAAGCCUUUUCCCCUCAACUUUGGUGGACAGGUUACAUUUUCAGCCUUGUGCAUUAAACCUUUUAGCAACAUGGUGGCUGUUUUUAUCGAUUGCAACAUCCCACCGGGCUUCUAUUGUGUGAAUGUUUAUACUGGAUGAUAUAGAGCUGUCCAUAUUUACUGGCACCCCUGGUAAAGAUGUGUAGAAAAGUUGUAAUUACGUUUUUCCUGCAGCAGCAUAGUCUUACAUAGAAAAGAGUCAAAAUAUCCAAAUAUUAGUUUCAGAACAAAUACUCCCAUAAUAAUAAUAAUCCCAUGUACAAUCCUUUCAAAAUAAAAUGAAACAGAAGCAUUUUUUUAAUUUAUACUUUACUUUUUUAAUUAAUCAGAGUUUCUAGGAACUUUUUAUUAGCAAUCCAUAACUUUCCAUUUCCCUAGAGUACCGAUACAUGUAACAGAUGCCCAUUUCUCUUAGCCACUCUUUAAAAUGGGAAAAACAAGAGAUCAUGCCAGGUUUAUCUUGCCCCCAGACAAAGUAAGGAAUUUGGUAAGGCAGGUAUAAAAGGGUCACUGUUAGAGAACCACAGCAAAGAGUCUCCAUACCGACCAUUAGAUGCUAUGAACAUGCCAAAUGGUUGUUUUAGAGGUACGCCAGAAAAAAUGCCAUAUCUGUCCUAUUAUCACACACAAGUGGAGUUUGCUCAAUGUUCUUGGGACAAGUUGAAGCUCUUGUUGGGCGUGAAACAAUAGCCCCUUUGAGAUUGUUUGUUAUGGUUUGUGAUCAUCUGAAAGAUCCUGACACAGAACAGGGGUUAAAUUCGACCUACCAAUACUACGACCCUGGUCCAUAGACAUGUACCCUCUACAAACGGUCGUGGGUUAAAUACUGGAUUGCGGAGAGAGUGUGAUGUAGUGCAAAGCACAGACAAUAGCAGGAGCAGCACAGUCUGUGAGACAGAGCGAAGACAUUGUAUCAUCCUCCAAUGUCGGUAUGAUCUUAAUCUAACGACGAUAAUAAAUCGUGUUCAACAGCAUCUGUAUUUAAAGUGCAGAAAGCAUUCGGACCACCUGCCUGUAUGAGAAUCUCAUUACUGCGACUGCGUGUGAGGUUUCCCUGAGGGGAAAUCUCAUACAUGUUUUCCUUUCCACAGAUGAAAGCUGUGACCAGUAGGCCACGCCCCUUUAAUUCCCCUACCCCGUAUGCAUGAUCUGGAAGCAUGCAAAGCCCCUAAUCUCAGCCAAUUGACUUGUACGAUAGGGGGUUCGUGUUGUGUGUUUAAUGAGGAACUAUGAUUUGAAAGGAGUUUCAUGCCGACCUAUAAGUAUGGUGGAGGAUCUGGUUUGCUUUGGGCCUGGUUCUUUUUCAAAAGCCCUGGGAAUCUUGAAAGAGUGCAUGGAAGCAUACAUUCUUAGAAGUAUCAGGACAUUUUAUAUAAAAAUACUGUGGACUCUUCCAGUAAACUGGUCUUUCAGCAGGAUGCUGGUCCAAAUCAACACAGAAGUGGCUCAUCAGACACAAAAUCAACCUUGUUCCAGGCUAUUUCAGUCUUCAGACCUAAAUAAAAAUAAAACCUGUUGGGUAAACUGAAGACAGCAUAGCAUAACAGAGGACCAAGGACUCUGCAUGCUCCAGAGAAAUGGCAAAAGAUCACAUACUUUGCGUGCUGUAACCCUGUGAAAUUUUAUGAAAUACUAAGUGCUGUCCUCUUGGCAAAAUACGAUAUAUAUUCCCAGGUGAAAUUAAAGGUUGUAUUUUUCAGCUAUGCUGCUGUGGUAACAGAUUAAACUUUUUUCUAGGGGAAUCAACAAACGUAGCCAGCACAGUACCUGUGUGGAUGCUUUCCUGCUGCAUGUUGUCUCUCUCUGAGUUCCUUCGCAUAUCGUCAUCUUUAAAAAUGCAAACAUUCCUCCUUCAUCAGUCCUGCUCAUCCCAGCGAUGCAGAACUGGAAACAUCCUCCCUGAUUCUAGCGUCAGCCCCGUGCUCCUCUGACCUUCAGCAUCGGCUGCACUUAACUCUUUGAAACUCGUCGGUGAAAUCACAGUCACAUCAGACUGAUUGGUUGUUUUCAUACACUGGAUGGUUUAUUGGCUGCAGACGGUAUUUACUUGACUGUGCAAAUUUCUUUAGGUGACUAGUGUGUGUGUACGUGUGUGUGAGAGAGAGUUGAUUUGUACGACUGUUUUGGGAUCUAUGACAAUCCCUUUGCUACAAGAGUGAGCCCAAACUCAUUCUCCUUUUGUGCGGUUUAGAACACUGAUUAUUUAUUAAAAUUGUUGUUAUUGUGGGAAAGAAUUAAUUAUUAUUAUUACUAUUAUUAUUAUUUCAGUGCUCUCCCUAGGUGAUAUCUGUAUAUACUUGUUAAUACGGGAAAAAGUAAACAAGAAAACAACCUGGGAAUCUGCGUACUGGAAUAUUUGUGUUGUCUUCUGUCUCUGCCUGUGAGGAAUCUGUGUGAAACGUGACGAAUGAGAGGUGAAUAAAAUAAAGAAAAUAAAGAAA